CGGAGAGGACGGAGCUCGGGGUCCGGCGAGCAAGGUGCGUCGACGCGGACACGGAGACAGACGCCGACAGGAAGCCAAGAUAUCCGGGAUACAAACACUCCCAUCUUGCACAUUUGGAGCCGGAGGCUGUGCAGUAGCGAUCGUGGGAUGGAACCACGGUAGUGAAGUCCUGCUCGACCAAUCAGAUGGUGUGAAGAGACGGAGCCCAUAUUGCAUCGGACAAGAUCCAGCCGCGUCAGAUGCCGUCACCGAGCGCUGAAGCCUCCGUGCCGGCUGCGAUGGGACACAGUCCGGCCGUGGACACGAUAACAAUCCUCUGCAGUGUUACCUUUCACUCCCAGCGCCAUCUCUAGACAGUAGAUCGGUCCCUUAUCUGACCUUGAUGUCAGUCGUGUUGCAGUGGCAGCCUCAAGCUGCACCGCCGGAUCAACCCAUGGAGGCGUGGCCUGAACACCCCCCACACCGCUGCCCCUGGUAACACCAGCCCAAUGACCAGCGAUGCCUUCUAAGGUCUCCUGCUUGUACCUGCUGACAGUGGUUUGUUGGGCCAGCGCUCUGUGGUACCUGAGCCUGUCCCGCCCCUCCAGCUCCUACGUGGGACAGGUGAAUGUCCCGGUACGCAACGCACCCAAGCUCGGCAAGAACGACACCUUCGGCAACAUCCGCACGCGCGCGCUCAACCCGCACGACUUUGACUACCUCAUUAAUGAGGAAAAGAAGUGCGAGGCGGAGCCGCCCUUCCUCGUCAUCCUCAUCAGCACCACUCACAAGGAGUUUGACGCCCGCCAGGCCAUCAGAGAGACAUGGGGUGACGAGAGCACGUUCCCGGAGGUGCGCGUGGUCACGCUCUUCCUGUUGGGCCGCAGCACCGACCCCGUUCUCAACGAGAUGGUGGAGCAGGAGAGUCAGAUCUUUCACGACGUGGUAGUGGAGGAUUUUAUCGACUCGUACCACAAUCUGACGCUGAAGACGCUGAUGGGCAUGCGUUGGGUGGCCACCUUCUGUCCCCAGGCUCAAUAUGUCCUGAAGACGGACAGUGACAUUUAUGUCAACAUGGAGAACCUCAUCUACAACCUCCUGAAGCCCACCACCAAGCCCAGGAGGCGGUACUUCACCGGAUAUGUCAUCAACGGUGGGCCAAUCAGAGACAUGCGCAGCAAGUGGUACAUGCCCAGGGAUCUUUACCCAGAGAGCAAGUACCCGCCCUUCUGCUCCGGCACCGGGUACAUCUUCUCCGCGGACGUGGCCGAGCUCAUCUACAAGACUUCGUUACACACCAGGCUGCUGCACCUGGAGGACGUGUACGUGGGCGUGUGCCUCCGUAAGCUCGGCAUCCACCCCUUCCAGAACAGCGGCUUCAACCACUGGAAGAUGGCAUACAGCCUUUGCCGCUACCGCCGCGUGGUCACCGUCCACCAGAUCUCACCCGAGGAGAUGCACCGCAUCUGGAACGACAUGACCAGCAAGAAACAGCUGAAAUGUUAGCAGGACUGUUUGCACCCGCACCAGCGGAGGAGUCGGGGGGGAUUGAGGGGUUUGAGACAGCACCGAGCUGAAGGAACCAUAUUGAUGAAGAGUCCGGGGGCUUUGUGAGGAGGGUCUGCAGCUGCAAGGCCACAAAAGAACUCUGCAUUACUCUGAGAUCUCCUCAUUUCAAGGUGCUGCUCAGCUCAGACUCUCAAAUCAGGCUCGAGGUCGGAUUCGCUUUCUCAACAAAUGUGUGAAACCAUCACUUUAAUGGGAAAUUACACCACAGCAGCAACAUUUGAUUCAAAAUAAACGGCAGCACUUGAAGUUGUCACCUCACAGCUCGAACCCUGAAUGUUCCUGAUGUGUUUUCAGUCGUUGUACUUUCUGAACGAGGUGUCGAUGCUGGAUGUACCGUCUGGUAGCGCUUCACCAGGACCACGCUGAGUCCCGGUGUGAAGACUCGGCUGAAACACGGCGUUCUCACGCUGUGGAUUGGUAUCAAGGAGCCGACCUGGUUGCCUCUGUAAUAUUUCAGAAUUAGACAUAUUUUCUUACAGCAGAACAACCGCGGAACAUUUCUUCAACACUGUGAAGAUGUCGGCUGCUCGAUUCCCAAGUGGAUGUUACUUCUGUGACGGUGUAUAAUGUGGUUAUUUGUCUCAGGCGCUGCAGUGUGCUGUUCUAUUUUCUAUUACUUGAACAUGAAGAACAGAUUCAUCAGUGGGAGAGUGUGCCGAAGACAAAUAUCACACUUUGGAGUGCUUUCUUCUUUUCAAUUACUUGAGAUUAAAUAAACUGCUUUUGUAAGA